AUUGUUUUCUUUUCAUUCUCCGUGGGCUGGCAGACACCCCAGAUAACAAAAUAUACGUGGAGGCAGGCUGAAAAGGUGCCUGGAGCAUAAUAUGGGCCCUUUAAUCAAAAUAUGAAAACGCAUAAUUGGCAAAUUCCAAAUCCCCAAAAGGCCUAAAAAAACUAUAUUGAAAACCAGACUUAAAUGUACCUAUAGUUCAAGUCAGCUUCUUUAUAUAGUGGAUUAACUUCAGAUUAACUCCUAACCCAUGAAUAAUAAAAUGCAAAAUGUGUCUGUAAGAGAAUAAAAACAUCUGGAUAACUGUGGUUACCUUGCCUUAAUGCUUUCAACAGGUGGAAAACAUCUCCUGAACUUUCUUCAGUUUAAAAUAUUACAAAUGAAUGUAGCUAGCAAUAAAAUGGCACCACUAUUUGGAUACUCGAAAAUGUAAAGCACUUGUAAUGGUAAGGGUGAUUGUUAUGGUUGGGGUGAGGAUUACAUGGCGGGGAAUCAGUGUGGUUACAGAAUAUAAAGAAAUCCAUUUAAAUACACAAACUUGACGAAUGUACCUGGUCCACCACUGAUCACUAGCGGCCGUGUACAUUACUAACGCUAGAUGGUAUGUGGCCUUUAAAAUGACCACAUACAUCGUAGCAGGCUGUUUCAAAAUGACAUACCAGUGUUUCCCCUAAAUGCAUUCAGCAGCGGGCGGUACACCACUACUGGAUUUUUCCUUCAGAGAGUUGCCAGCCUUGCCACAACUACUAUAACGCCAAGUCUGCAAACCAAUAGGACCAUGAGUAUGCCAAGUUAAGAUUAUAAAUAGUCUGUGCUGAAUGUUGAAGAGGGAUGAUUUUCCUUUUUGAUGCAUCUUUGAGUUGAAUCUCAUUGCGGUUGUUGUCUCAUAUGAUUAUGUCUUUGCUAUAUUAAACUGAAGUCACUGUGGAAACACACAAGGUUUGAAGGCAAAAUGGGAUGAUGAUUUUCUUGAACUUUGAGCUGAUGAGUUCUUCACAUGCACGCUCACACAUUCUUCACGCAGUGGACAGUAUGAUAAGUUCACUGGUGGAAAACACAAGUCAUGCUGAUCAGUGCUCUUCAUUUCUUCUCCUGCCGCUUCCACUUACCACACUGCUCUGUUGAUGGCCCCUCUCAACUCUGUUGCAGAACAAGAUCACAUCAUCCCAAAGUAAAAUCUUCUUUGUUUACCCAUUUGUUUGCUGCAACAGUUGGCCAAGUAGCCAAUGUUUUUUUUAUUCCCAAUCAUAUCCCAUGCCAUGGCAAUGCCAAAGAGGUUCAUCUAAAAUGUCUACAAAAAAUAUUUUGUUGAGGUCAACACACAACAGUAGCCACAUGCAGUUCUAACAAAACUCUAGUUGAUGACGCUAACAAGACAUGGUGGAUGGGCAGUUCGCAGAAGAAUGGAUGGAUAAAUACAUUGAUUUCCAUAAGUUUGUUGUGUUGUCUCUUCCAACAUCAUUAUAGUCAAGUUCUUUUAUGCAUUAUACGGUGCCUUUGCCAGCUGUCAUUGCUCUGCCUCAGGCAGUUUCCUACAUUGUGUUUUUCAAAAUGAGAAAUUAAAAAAUGACACUUCUCAGACAGCGGUUGAAGCUGUUUUCGUCCAAAAGCUCUGAAUUCUGAUAUUUUCUUUUUUUUUUUACAUUUGGGUCCUCAGAGUUUGGCUGGCGUUUUGGAGACUGGACCACAUGCAGUGCCUCCUGUGGUAACAGAGGGACUUGGCUGCGGAGGAUUCACUGUGUCACGCUGGACGGAAAGGCGCUCAGCCCACCAUGUGUCAGCGCAUACCAAAUUCCAUCACGUCCCCUGUUCCCUGCAACAGACAGGACUGCCCCGCCAGGAUGAGCCGGCCCGCGGACACGGAGCAGUACACUGCCAAUAACUGUCCCAUCUGGGUGACCGGUCCAUGGAGAAAGUGUUCAGGGAGGUGUUUGGGCCCCGCCACCACUGUUCAGAGGAGAUCUGUAAUCUGCCAACAUGCCAAUGGCUCCUUGUACACAGACUGCGAUCUCAGAGACAGGCCCAUUUCAGCACGUAACUGUUCCUCAGACCCAUGUGAUGUCCAGUGGCACCCGUGGUCUGUGGGAGUGGCUUCCAGUCCCGCAGGGUGGACUGUGUUCACCGCAGGAGUGGCAGGACGCUUGCUGACCAGCACUGUGCCUGGCUCCUACGGCCCUCCACCUGGCAACACUGCAACACCUCCACGUGUGGGAGCGAAUGCACGGACACCACCCAGUAGCACUCCAGCUGUGCUACUUGGACAUGUACAAACAGAUCUUGUGGCUCAUGUUCACAGGACGCUGACUCCCCCUAGUGGCAGGGAGCAGUUAUACAACACAACAAAGACUGGAAGGAAAACUGCACACACUGUAUGUAACGGGACGAGCUGUUGCUCCAGUUCAUCCACCUUCUAAAAGGAAUAGAAAUGGUGCCUCAAAAGGCCUGGAAGGAAGGAUGGGUGCGCUUCAUUUUUCUGCCAUGAAGAGUAGUGUUCGCCCUGUGGAUCAAAUGGAAAUUCUGGAAUUUCAUAGAAAAAUAAAAAGCAUUUUGUUGCCAGUGGCAAAAAGAAAUUGAAUGUUUAUAAUGUAUGACCGCUCUUAAAAUGUCAGUUCGCUCUCGAACGGGUGUAUCGGUUCACCAACAUCACCCCAAUAACCAGUUAUGUGACCAACUGCUGAUAUCUGAGGUUCAUUUUUUUUCGUUUUUAUUUUUUUUUAUUUGUGAAAUUCAUCAACAGUGUUUAUGGAAUAAGUGAUCUUACAAUAUUAAAGGGGAAUUCUGGUUUAUUACAACGUGGGUCUUAUUUUUUACAGUUUGGACCAUCAGGGCAACAUUGUCAAAAGAGAUGAUGGCCGAAUGCGGAGGAAUAAGACCCCUCUCUGGUGUGAUUGUGAUAAACCAAAAAUUGUCCUUUGAUAGGACUUUUCAAAGGAGGUGACAUUAAUUGUUACAUUAGUCAUCAAAAGGAGAUCAAAAUAGAACAGCUUGUAUAUGCUUUGUGUAAUUUGGCAUAAAUUCAUAGAUACUGUAGUUUUGAAAUUUAGCAAAACUAGGCAAACCAACUAUUGUGGUGCUUUUUUUUCCGAAGCUUUGUCUGAGGGGAGACUGUCCCAAACUUUGAAACCCCCCCCUGCUUUAUUCUACCCCUGAUAACCUGGAGAUAAUUUAUUUAGUGUGGCUGCCAAAAGUGGGUUGUAGCAUUUCCAUUGGGCCAUCUUUCAUCCUGACAAGUUUCAAAGUUGUGCUGUUCUUCUUUGGAAGGAUUUUUUGUGUGCAAAUAAAGCUACAGACACAAACAUAACUACAAGAGCCCCUAUUGAUGACUCAGGUCUUGUCGGCCCCUCAAAACUCAGCAUUUUCUUUUAUAUCUGUAUGGUGACCAGAACAGCUAUGGUUAGGCAAACAAACUAUGGUUUACAAAUAUUUAAAGGUUAGACAACUGAAAUACUUGAGAAUUGGGAAAGUGCGUGGUUAGCGUAUGUCAGAUGUCAGGGUUAAGGGGUUGGAGAGUCUCAAUGUCUCCCUACCAAGAUGUGUGGACCCAGUCAAGAGUCCACUCACCUUGUGGACCCCCACUCGGCCGGGAGGAGCCCCACAGACAGGCCAAGGACAAAAGAGAGAUGGGGAAAAAGGAGAAUCCAGGAGACAAUGAGGCAUCCAAGGAAGAACUUGGGAUUGGACAUCCGAGUCAAGAUGGCUGGGGUUAGUGCAGAACAGUGGUAGGGGGGUUAAAAGCUGAGGCCAAAAAGUGUUCAGGGUCCAAAUGUGCUAAUCUACUUCUGGAGAUAAGAAUGAAUUGGUUGCCAAGGGGACAUUAUCUAAGAUGUUCAACUGCCAUUGAAAUGAUGGCAGUACUGUUGGUUAGGGUCAGGGGUUACGAUCACAAACUCCUUUUAUUCUGCCUGAGAGUCAAACAUGCCGAUCAACAACCAUUAACUCCACACCCUAACUUUACUGGGUGACAAAAAUCCUGUCCUGUGGAGUCAUCCAGUAUGAACAUAAUCCCCCAGGGAUAUUGGCCCGAUGAAGCUCCCAUGUUGACCGAACCAAGCAGGAAGUCCUGUGUAUAAUUCAAAUAGCAAUGUCACGUCAUGUAUGUCCCGAAAGACCGUUCACUCGAGCGAAGGUUGUGAUUUGGACAAGAGAGGAUCGCUGGAGAUUCAGUUGUGAAAGCACAAAUUCAUAAAUCAUCAGCACCAAUCUCUGACUCUCAGCUCUGAUAACUGAGGUCGUUUUUGAAAAAUAAUUUCAGUAUCACGAGGGAAGAAAGGUGAGCUCAUUUCGGACAAAAAGUGGAGCGAGAGGCAUUAACACCGAUUUCGACUGACUGGCCUGUUCAUGUUACCUUCGUGUUGGUCAUCAUACCGAUGUGCUCUAAUGUAAGAUGUCUUGUAUAUACUGUGUUUUGAGUGCAAUAUUGUAUAUUGACGAUGUAGAUCGUGCAAGACUUUCGUUUUUUUACUUAUUCAUGGUCAUGGUGAUAAAAGAAGACCAAGCACUUGUAUAUUUUGAGUGGGUGAUAUGUUUGCUGCCACUUACCUGGUUUAAUUUCCAUGUGUUCAAUCACUGGAGCCACAAUCUCCAGUGUUUUAUAUCUCCAUUGUGAAAUAGCAUUCAGUAACAUCCAUUAUCCAAUGUUUUCUCCCUCGCUACUGAUUUGGUGACUUUAUACUGCAUGAGGUUUUACAAAAAAUCAUUAACUUGCUUUAGAUAACAAUGCAAAGAAUUAAAAGACAAUUUGGUUCACUUCA